AUGGCAGAACUUAGGGACCCACUCAGUCGGGCUGAGACUGGGGAUCUGGGCAAGUUCUCAAAACUGGAGGCUUCGCUUGUUGAUACCAAGGUUGAGCAACGUCCUAAUUCGAGGGCGCAAAACGAUGUGGACCGUCAUGCUCAGAAAGAGGAUCUGAAAGUCAACGAAUUAGACUUUGAUUUCGACAUUGGCGUAAAUAAUUAUCCGCUUGAUAAUCUCGGAUCCCUUCAGCAGGUUUUUGAUGCUGUACAAUGUCAUCAGCAUUUACGAAAAACGGAAAAUUUCUCUCUUGAAACCAAUGUUGACUGCUUAUACGUGGACUCGCAAAAAGCAGGUGAGAAGAAUAUCAUAUCCUUUGGACUCGGAGAGAACAAAGACUUGUUGUGUUGUGAGGGCAUCCUAACUCAAAAUAUCGACUCUUGUGCUAACCUGCUUAGUUUUGUACCAUUGGUGCCCAGUGAAGGUACCUCCUUUGGGGUACGGGCUCUGAUGACACAAGAGAAUACACAAAUACUUAUCAGAAACAUGCGAAUUAACCCACUUUUUGCCUUAAAUCUUCUUGGCCGACCGGACUACUGGGCCCCCAAAUCGCAUUGGGAGGCCGACGACGAUGGAAGGUUGACAGCAUGUGACUUAUUUUGUCAACACCCACGAUGGAAUCUUCAUGUUCAAGGAUCUCCUUUAUCGAUUUAUUCACGCCAUGAUCUCACUCGAAACUUAACAACGUACAUCAUAUCUCACAACGAAUCUGACACAUCCGUCAAUACGCUCAAAUCGAUUCUUAACGUUGCAAUUGAUACUGCCUCGGCGUCUAGCAGGACAUCUCUUUUCAUGGACGAUCCCUUUGACAUUCAUGUGAUCCUCUCCACGCUAUCCUUGGAGGCUUCCAAAUAUCACGUUGCACGAUUCCGACGCUUUAUGUGGACUCAAAUCAACAAGGUUAAUGAUCACCUUGCCGGUCUCGAGGCCAGUGACCGGGCAAAGCUUGGAGAUUUAACUAAACAGCUCCAAAUUGUCUCCCAGAAUGCAGACUCUCAUAUUGCGAAUGCCGAUGUUGCGAUUUUCACAGCAUCAGCGAUCCGAGAAGCACAUUCACGCCUCAGCUCGUGGCUCCCCAACUCCAAACCCUUCAUACAGCAACGCGUCCAAGACUCCAUAUCAUAUGUCAUUACUUCAAUGGAAAAGCAGAAAACGUGGUUUCUUAAUUACAAGCAACGGAAGGACAGUAUCAGCUCCUUGGUCUAUAGUCUUGUAACGCAGCAAGACGCGGCCAACAACAUUCAGAUUUCGCGCAGCAUGAAACAAGACUCAACAUCGAUGACUUCAAUUGCUGUUUUGACCAUGGCAUUCCUACCGGGGACCUUUGUUGCGAGCGUAGUCGAUGCCGAGAUAUUUGGAGAUUCAGUCAAAGGCAAAGCAUGGCUGAUCUGGUUGACGAUCACAGUACCUUUGACCCUGGCGGUUAUGAUCUGUUGGUGGAUAUAUCAGAAAUCACAAGAACCCAAGAUCAUGGCGAGGCCCUCGUUGAAUGAUAAAGAUAAGGUUGGGUCUAUAGUCGAAGGGAGACGAACAAGCUUGGUCCGAAGACGCAGUGCCUUCGGCAGUAUUUCCUUUCGAGGAGGAUUCAAUCGAGAGAAAACCUCCAUUAUCGAUGGAAUACUAUAG